AUGGGGAUCUACAAGUGCUUCAACUGCCCGUACGACGGCGGCGCCUUUGACUGCAAGGAAGCGGGAAGUUACCGCCCAUACGUCGCUCUCCAAGAUCGCGCAUCUACCCACAUUCUCGGCGUGUUCGAGGGGUACGACAAGAAUUUCCAGCAUCUACACGCCUCGAUUCGCGACGGAAUGGCGGCGAUGACCAAGGCGGGGGCCGACAAAUUGAAGGAGAUCAACGACAAGGGCCACUACGACGAGGGCAAAGCGGUGGCGGAUGAGAUGACGGCACUCUCCGCCGAUUUCGAGAAGCAAUGCGAGGAGUACAUGCCCGUCGCCCGCAAGUUCAACGACCACCUCAUCAGCUACAAGGAGCGCAUCGAGAAGAAAGAA